AAACCCUAUCCAGAACCAGAAGCCAGUUUUCUCUCUCGUAUAUUCUUUGUGUGGUUCGACCCAUUGAUCUGGAAAGGCUAUAAAAAACCACUCGAAGAAACUGAUCUAUGGGACAUUAAUCCCAUCAAUUCAUCCAAAGAAAUAAUGCCAGUCUUUUCGAAACAUUGGGAGAAAUCUUUGGCAAAAGCCACCGCGAGAGCAACGCGAGAGAAAAAGAAACGACAAGCAUCGAUAUUACCAGCGAUUUACAAAACAUUCGGAACACAAUUCAUUUUUGCUUUUUUAACGGAGCUCGUUAGAAUUUUUCUAUCAUUAGUUCCACCACAAUUGCUACGUUUGAUCAUCGAUUUCGUGGAUUCAAAUACAAGCCAUACAGUGGCAGCAAAUGGCACUGAUGUCGAUCCAAUAAAAUCAAACGGUCGUGACCCAUUGUGGCGUGGAAUACUGUAUGCGGUGUUAUUGUUUGUUGUUGCAUGUCUUCAAACAACAAUUGUUUAUCAAAAUCUCCAAAGAUUGAAUAUGAUCGCAUUUCGAACGCGUACCGCAUUGAUUGGGACAAUUUAUAAAAAAGCGUUAUGGCUAUCAAAUACAGCGAAAAAACGGUCAACAAUCGGUGAAAUUGUGAAUUUGAUGGUUGUCGAUACCGAACGAAUAAUAAUGUUAAUGACAUACGUUGAUAUGUUUUGGUCGGCUCCACUCCAAAUUGCAUUAACAUUAUACUUUUUAUGGGAUUUAUUGGGACCAUCAGUCUUGGCUGGACUCGCGGUUAUGAUUAUUUUGAUUCCAUUGAACGUUUUCAUUGCGAAUAAAGCGAAAAAAUUGCAAACACGUCAAAUGAAAAACAAAGACGAACGCAUCAAACUGAUGAACGAAAUUUUGAACGGUGUCAAAGUAUUGAAAAUGUCUGCAUGGGAACCGAGCUUUGUGAAUCAAGUGCUCAAAGUCCGGGGUAGAGAAAUUGUAACGUUAAAAAAGACAGCUUACGUGUUCUCAGGAUCAGCAUUUCUUUGGACUUGCACACCAUUUUUGGUUGCUUUGGUUAGUUUUGCAACGUUUGUUCUGUCAAGCGAUGAGAAUGUUUUGGACGCACAGACUGCUUUCGUCUCAAUAUCAUUCUUCAAUAUUUUGGGAACGUCUUUAACCUUGCUACCGAUGAUUAUUACAAAUAUUGUUCAAGCAAAAGUGUCAAUGGGCCGUAUCAACCGAUUUAUGAACAAUGAUGAACUGGAUCCAAAAAAUGUAACACAUUUUCCAACUGAUGACACACCUUUGCUGAUUGAGGACGGUACCUUCACUUGGGGUGAUGGUGAACCAGGUCUUCGUAACAUCAAUUUAAAAGUAAAGAAGCGUAAUUUGGUGGCUGUCGUUGGAAGCAUCGGUGCCGGUAAAAGUUCAUUGAUAUCGGCGUUUCUUGGUGAAAUGGAAAAAAUAUCGGGUCGUAUCAACACCUUCGGCUCAAUUGCAUAUGUUUCGCAACAAGCUUGGAUUCAAAAUGCCACACUUCAGAAUAACAUUCUGUUUGGAAAGCCAAUGGAUCGCAAGCGAUAUAAUAAAAUAAUUGACAUUUGUGCAUUGCGAACCGACAUCGAAAUGUUGCCAGGCGGUGAUGCCACCGAAAUCGGUGAAAAAGGUGUCAAUUUGUCGGGUGGUCAAAAGCAGCGUAUAGCAUUGGCACGUGCUGUUUAUAAUGAUGCUGACAUUUAUCUCUUGGAUGAUCCCUUGUCCGCUGUUGAUUCGCACGUUGGAAAGCACAUUUUCGAACAUGUUAUCGGUCCAAAUGGACUGCUAGCGACAAAAACUCGUUUAUUAGUAACUCACGGAAUUACAUAUCUGCCAAAUGUGGACAAUAUUUAUAAAGUAAAAAAUGGUGAAAUCAGUGAAUCGGGCAGUUUACGGGAAUUGAUAAAAAAGAAAGGAGCAUUUGCUGAUUUUUUGAUUAAACACUUAGAAAAUAUCGAUGAUGAAGAAGAGAAUUUAGAUGAAAUCAAAGAGCAAUUGGAGACCACAAUAAGCGCAUAUGCAGACACUGAAUUUGUCGGAAAAUUACAACGAGCCAUCAGUCGUUCGUAUAGUCGUGCAUACAGUCGCGCAUAUAGUCGGGCAUAUAGUCGUUCCUUUAGCCGUUCUUUUAGCCGCUCCUUUAGUCGUUCUGAAAGUCAAGUUGAUCCCGAAUCGCCAUUGAAUGAUUCAAAUACAUUUUGGAAUGAACCCAAUCUACAAAGCAAUGAUAUCAUCGAAAAAGAGAGAUCAGAAGUUGGCAGCGUUAAAUGGGAUGUAUAUAAACAGUAUCUAAAAAGCGUUGGUACAAAAGUGAUCGUGUUAACAAUCAUUUUGAAUUUAAUUAAUAACGGAUUUUCGAUUGGAUCCAAUAAGUGGCUAUCAAAAUGGUCGACUGAUAGCAGUGCUGUCAAUGAUACAGGAGUUCGAGACAUGUAUUUGGCCGUUUAUGCUGCGUUUGGAUUGGGACAAGCAAUUUCAACAAUUUUGGCGGUGCUUGUACCUUUAUUGGGUUUCUUGUAUGCCGCAGCUAAACUUCACAAUAUUUUAUUGAAUGGCAUUACACAUGCGCCGCUCUCAUUUUUUGAUCAAACUCCAAUCGGCCGGAUUUUAUCGCGUUUUUCCAAAGAUAUUGAUGUACUUGACCAAACACUUCCGGCAUUUAUCAUCAAAUUUCUCUACGUUUUUUAUGAGGUUUUGUCAACGAUAUUCGUGAUAAGCUUUUCGACGCCUAUAUUUUUGGCUGUGGUCAUCCCAUUGGGCAUUGUUUACUAUUUCAUUCAAAAAUUCUACAUAACAAGUUCACGUGAAUUGAAGCGUUUUGAAUCGUCAUCGCGAUCGCCAAUUUACUCACAUUUCGGUGAAUCCAUUCAAGGAUCACCAAUAAUUCGUGCGUUCAACAUUAGUAAUAGAUUUAUUGUUGAAUCCGAAAAGAAGGUCGAUUACAAUCAAAAAUUCAGCAUACCAUUGUUUAUGGCAAGUUCUUGGUUGGCUGUUCGUUUGGAAAUUAUUGGAAAUUUAAUAAUAUUCUUUGCGGCAUUGUUAGCUGUACUGAAUCGCGAUGAAAUGGAUCCAGGAACGGUUGGUUUCUCACUUUCAUAUGCAUUGGCAAUUACAACGUCAUUGAAUAUGCUAAUGAGAAUGGCAUCGGCGGUUGAAACAAGUAUGGUUGCUGUUGAACGUAUCAAAGAGUAUGCGGAAACAAAGCAAGAAGCUGAAUGGGAAAAUCCAAAUGUCAAAAUUCCGGACA